AUGAUGCAACAACACCUUCGCACAGAUCCUGCAGUUGAAAAUCCAAUUCAAGAACUUCAAAUCAAUACGAUGAACGUGAUGGAUAUAUUGCAUAAGGAGAGUGAUUUCAUAAAGAUGAGAAAUAUAGUUCAACUGGAAGAGAAUAUCCGAAAGUUGAUGGACUCGCAGAAUACUCGGGUGCAAGAAGUCAUCAACACACUGACUCAAACAUUGAAUACAGCAGAGAAUUACAGUCAUAUGAAAACAUUAAUGGAAGAACAUGAAGAGAAAAUGCGGAUUUUGAAGCGAGAGAUGGACGAUUUAAACUUUUCUGUCAACAACUAUGAAGGAAGACUUUCCGAAGUGGAGACAGAAAUCCAAGAUGCAAUGCAAAAAUUUGAAGCAUUGAGACAGGAGGAGCAAGAAAUACAACAUAAUAUUGAAAAUUGGAUAGAGCGAGACAAAAACCUUAAUUUACUGUAUAAUUUCGUAGCUCCAGUGGAAUGGGAUAUGUCAAGUGGAGGUAAAAUAUGUUCUCUCACUUCCACCAAGGAUUCAACCUGUGUUUGCCUCAAUUUCGAAGAAAUGGACCAAGAAUCUAUACAUGAAUUUCUGUUUGACCAAUUGAAUGAUCAUGCUGUACAUAUAUAA